GGCGGUAGCUGCAGCGGCGGCGGCGGCGGCGGCGGCGGAGGUGGUGGCCCGGGAGGUUCAUAAUAAAGGUGCUAAGGAAGAUAAUGUAAGACAGGAAAAUAAAUAUUUUUAUUGAGUCUCUUCAACAGGCCACGUAUAAGAGGUGUCUCAUACUCCCCGUUGCCAGUGGCUGGAACACAAUGGAUCACACAGGGGCAGUAGACACAGAGGAAGAGCUGGGGCCUCUAGCCCACCUUGCACCAAGUCCUCAAAGCGAGGCUGUGGCUCACGAAUUCCAGGAACUCUCUCUGCAGUCCAGUCAGCACUUACCCCCUCUGAACGAACGGAAGAAUGGAAGUAUAGUCAUUGGGGAGUCAGGACUCCAGCUUCCUCUGCCGGCUCAAUCUGUGAGCACGGUGCUCCAGCUGAGGCUGCAGCAGAGGAGGACGAGAGAACAGCUAGUGGACCAGGGCAUCAUGCCACCUUUGAAGAGUCCGGCAGCAUUCCAUGAGCAGAUAAAAAGCCUGGAGCGAGCCAGAACCGAAAACUUUCUGAAGCACAAGAUCCGGAGUCGCCCAGACCGCUCCGAGCUGGUCAGAAUGCAUAUUUUAGAAGAAACGUUUGCAGAGCCGUCGCUGCAGGCCACGCAGAUGAAGCUGAAGCGAGCUCGGCUGGCAGAUGACCUGAACGAGAAGAUUGCUCAGAGGCCUGGGCCCAUGGAGCUGGUGGAGAAGAACAUCCUUCCUGUGGACUCAAGCGUCAAGGAAGCCAUUAUAGGUGUGGUGAAGGAGGACUAUCCCCACACUCACGGAGAGUUCUCAUUUGAUGAAGAUAGCAGUGACGCUUUGUCUCCAGACCAGCCAGCAAGCCAGGAGUCUCAGGGCUCAGCAGCAUCCCCCAGUGAACCAAAAGUCAGUGCCUCGCCACCUCCUGUGACUGCAAACACGCCGGCCCAGUUUAGCUCAGUGUCCCCAGCAGUUCCUGAAUUCUUGAAAACCCCUCUAACUGCGGACCAGCCUCCCACGAGGUCUACAGCUCCCAUCCUCCCCACGAACACUGUGUCCUCAGCGAAGCCAGGCCCAACGCUGGUGAAGCAAAGCCAUCCCAAGAAUCCAAAUGACAAACACCGUAGCAAAAAAUGCAAAGAUCCGAAACCCCGAGUGAAGAAGUUGAAGUACCACCAGUACAUCCCACCCAACCAGAAAGGGGAGAAAAGCGAGCCACAGAUGGACUCCAACUACGCCCGUCUGCUCCAGCAGCAGCAGCUCUUCCUACAGCUGCAGAUCCUGAGCCAGCAGCAGCAGCAGCAGCAGCAGCAGCACUACAACUACCAGACCAUCCUGCCUGCGCCCAUCAAAAAUGACAAGAACAGCAGCAGUAGCCCGACUGCACCUGCAAGGAGGCCAGGGCCUCUGCCUCCCAGCCUGGACGACUUAAAGGUGUCAGAGCUGAAGACAGAACUCAAACUGAGGGGUCUGCCAGUGUCAGGAACUAAACCAGACCUCAUUGAACGCCUGAAACCCUACCAGGAAGUGACCAGUAGUGGCCUUGCUGCUGGCAGUAUUGUGGCAGUGUCCUCAGCAGCUAUUGUCACCAGUAGCCCAGAGGUGACAGUGGCACUGCCCGUCACAACACUACAUAACGCCGUGACUAGCUCUGUGUCCACUUUCAAGACAGACUUGCCACCUGCUGGAACCAGCAGCGUGGCCCACGUUGAAAGUGCCCAUUCCCCUCUGCCCAUCUCGCCGUCGCCCUCCGAGCAGUCCAGUCUCAGUACCGAUGACACGAACAUGACAGACACCUUCACCGAGAUCAUGAGCAUGAUGUCCCCUUCCCAGUUCCUGUGUGCCUCCCCGCUGAGGGUGGCAGGCCAUGAGGACAGCCUGAGCCCCACCAGCAGCACCCUGUCAGCCCUAGAACUGGACGCUGCUGAAAAGGACCGAAAGCUUCAGGAGAAGGAGAAGCAGAUUGAAGAGCUGAAGAGGAAGCUGGAACAAGAGCAGAAGCUGGUAGAGGUCCUCAAGAUGCAGCUCGAGGUGGAGAAACGAGCACAGCGGCCCCCAGACCCUCAGCCCAGUGGCCCUGCGCAGCCCCUUGGUACAUCAGAUCAAACACACGCCAGUGUCGGGUCCUCCAUCAAGGAUGAGGCCUCACUUCCCGACUGCUCCAGCCCACAGCAACCCAUCUCCACUGGUAGCCAGACCCUUAUUGCCAAAAAGGCUGUGGUCAUCAAGCAGGAGGUCCCCAUAGCCCAAGCAGAGCAGCAGAGUAUUGUCUCGCAGUUUUACGUGAGUUCCCAGGGACAGCCGCCUGCCCUUGUUGCUCAGCCCCAGGCCUUACUGACCACGCAGACCACUCAGCUGCUGUUGCCGGUGUCCAUCCAGGGCUCAAGUGUCACUCCAGUGCAACUUCCAGUCGGCAGCCUCCAGCUCCAGACCCCAGUACCAGGAGGAACCCAGGCUCAGCCUCAGGUAGCUGCUGCCACACAGGUUCCAGCGACAGCCUUGGCCCCAGCACUGCCUCAGAAGCAGGAGGCCUUCCCGCAGCAUGUGCUGGGCCAGCCUCAACCAGUCAGAAAGGUCUUCACAAACUCUGCAGCAAACACAGUUCUUCAGUAUCAGGGGCCGCCUGGUCCAACGACCCAGCAGCCCUUUGUCAGUAAAAGCUCCAACCCUGUUCUUCAGUCUAGAAACACCCCACUUGCACCCCUGCAAAACGGCCCUAGCCCAGCCAGCAAGCCGAGCUCACCCUCCCCACCGCAGCAGUUCGUCGUCCAGCACUCUUUGUUUGGGACCCCAGUCACCAAGACAAAAGACCCACCUCGCUAUGAGGAGGCCAUCAAGCAGACACGCAGCGCCCAGCCAGCCCUUUCAGAGGUUUCCAAUGUGCACAGUCAGCAGAUGGACGACCUCUUUGACAUCCUCAUAAAGAGCGGAGAGAUUUCCUUCCCUAUAAAAGAAGAGCCUUCUCCAAUUUCCAAGAUGAGGCCAGUGACAGCCAGCAUCACUACAAUGCCAGUCAACACAGUGGUGUCUCGACCACCGCCCCAGGUCCAAAUAGCACCACCUGUGUCCUUAGAACCUAUGAACAGUUUAUCUGCCAGCUUAGAGAACCAGCUAGAAGCUUUCUUGGAUGGAACUUUACCCUCGACCAAUGACGUUGCCCCACUGCAGAGCAGCAGCGAAGACAGAGAGCCUUUCUCUCUGAUAGAGGACCUCCAGAAUGACUUGCUGAGUCACUCCAGCAUGCUGUACCACUCUCACUCUCCCAUGGAGACCUCCGAGGCCCAGUUGGUGGCAGCAACCCCCUGUCUGUCUCUCGACCUGUCAGACUCCAACCUGGACAACAUGGAGUGGCUGGACAUCACCAUGCCCACCCCGUCCUCUGGGCUUGCUCCUCUAAGCACCACUGCGCCAAGCAUGUUCUCUGCUGAUUUUCUGGACCCGCAGGACCUGCCACUCCCAUGGGACUAAGGUCACAGGUCACUUGUCCCAGAGUCGUGAGGUUUCAGAACAUGAAAACAAGGGUCAGUGCUUAGAGCUGUAGCCAGAGCUGCACUGCUACAAUUAACAUACGUUGUCCCAGAAGAAAUAGACGGUCAUAGCCUGGAAGCCAAGUGUGAGGGACUCCACAACUUACAGAGGCAGGCCUGUCGCAUGCAAGAGGCCUUGUGAAAUGCCUUAGAUAAAGCCAAAGGUCAGUGCCAUCCACAGGAAGUGGCACUAGAGCUCUGGUCAUCAGCUACCUUUCAACCUCUGUGGUCACCUCACGGCCCCAAUAAAAGGCAAGCAGCUCCACUUGAAACACAACGCCACCACGAGGGAGGGGAAGGAGGGGAGAAGGCACUGUACAUGUGCCCCCUCGAGUGGCCUGACCCAGGUCUGUAGCACAGUCAGAGGCAUUUAAGCAUGCUGUGCAACUAGCAGCUGCAGCUUGCAGCCAGAGGCUCUGGGUUCCACUCUGAAAUCCAUGUGGCUGUGUGAUGUCAUAGGUCAUUUGGUGAGUUUGGGAAUCACCGUAAGUGGAUGUCUGCAAAAUACUGUCACACAAAGCCCCGUGCACAGAGUCCAGAUGUGUUGGUAGUGCUGCAGCUCUCAGUGGCCCCAGGUGGAUGAGGUUAGUUCUCAUGUGAUGGUAGACAUUGGAAUGUGCUCUGACCUUGUGACCUCUACAGCCUGCAGCAGAGUAAAAAGAUGGCCGUCCACUGGUCCUACUUGUUGUAAUAACUCAGAUAUCUCUAGAGUACCUGAGCCACAGUAUCUCCAUCUUUGAAGACUUGCCGACAGACUCUCAGGUGGCCACACCCAUCUCAAAGAACCAAAACAGGCUUCAGCAUGAAAUUCCUUUUUGAACUAAUGAGUUAGAAGAAGGGAAGGUAUGGAGUAUCUGUCAGACUGCAAGACAGUCCCACCUUUAGCACAGGCUGGACCAUCCCCUGUCACUAGAUCCCUGGUUCUCAUUGCAUAGGCUUGUAAUCAGAUACCCUGCCUGCUCUCGGUGUGUCUUCAAGCCUAAGCCUAAAAACUGGAGGUUUUAUUCCUUUUUUCUCUUGAUCUAUAAAGGAAAAGUUAUGUUUGUCAAGUGAUUUAAGAAUAUUCUAAAAUGCCAACUGCCACAGGAUUUCCACAACUCUUGAUCUAGUCAUUUAGUUAUUGGCAAAUUGUAAAUAACUGAGCAGAGUAUGGGAUUUCUAUUAAAUAACAGCCUUGUCCUAGUCCCUCCCACCCCUUAACCUGAGCCAGGUGGGCUUCCUCCAUCAGUACACAGCCCUGUCCACAAGCACAUCCAGGAAGUAGCCUGACCCAUCGCCUAGACAGAACUUGAGUCAUUUCUGAGGAGGUUUUGUCCCAGAGUGAUCUCCGUUCAAGUUUGUACUUGUUUAGCCCAUCUGUCAGAACGGCCCCUGUUCCCAGCUUUGCCCUCUUACCAGGAACUGUUCAGUCAGUGUUGGGAGACGUUACCAUUCUGACAGCUGGACACUGUCAUCUGACCAAGUCUUCUGAGAGCACUCCUGUAGGACAUGAUGUAACCAAGUUGGUUCUGCUGGACAGCUGCUUGAGUCCUGGCCCCCACUAUGGACUGGGAAGAACUUUCCCCAGGGGAAUUUCAGCUCUAGGUUUUGGUGGAGAGCUUUAGUCUUCUCUCCCCUGCUCUGGGUGUCCAAGUAAAGUAGUACCAAGUAUCAGUGAGCUUGGGGAAGGCUGCUAAAUGCUAGGGCAUUUCCUCCUCUAGAAACACUUUUACUUCUGUCAUCCUGAGCUGUGAGUAGAGACAGCAUCCUGGCCCUCAAGUCCUCUGUAUUGUUCUUAAGUGGUUUGAAGCCUGCCACAAGAAAGUCGUUCUCCAAACACAAGUGAGUACAGAGGAAGCCAGCUUAGUUAUUGAUGUGCCCAUCCUGUCCAGGCUUCAAUCCAUCAGAGUCCUAUUUCUUAAAAAACCAAGGGGCCUCCAGCUCCCUGCAGCCAACUCACCCACAGCAUUCCUUGCCCUGCUCUCCUGGUUUGAGCAUCCAGUAGGGAUAUGAGCGCGCUUGCUAGGCCUCCACCCCCACAUGCUGUGGGCAAGAGUGGGUACCUUUCCCAUGUGCUCACAUGAAUGCGUCAUGACCAAAGACCAUUCUACAGAAAGACCCUCAGUGAGUGCAUCAGAAAAGGUGUGUGUCUGAAGAUGACUUUGUUGGUGAAAGCUGGUCAGGCCAGCAAGAUGACUCAGCAGGUAGGGGUGGGGCACCUGCCAACAGGCCUGAGGAGCUGAGCUUGAGCCCUAGAAUCCAUGUGAUGGAAGGACAGACUGACUCCCUCAAGUUGUCCUCUGGCCUCCACACACAGACACACCUGCAAAUAGGUGUACAGUUACUUCACAGCCAUUAAAUCACAGGUCAGAGAGCCCGUGAAAUUCCCACUGUGCAUGUACAUGUGUAGUGUAGGCUUCUGUUUGUAGCAUGUUGCCAAGGAAAUCCUUCCUAGAAGCCUGUAGUGUCCAACCCCAGCUUCCCAUUUCCACAUAGUCCCAAAGUGCAGUGGUAUCAACUUCACUUUGUAAGGUACAGAUGAGUGGAAAGAAUUACCCUACAGCUUCUAGAAAGCUGAUGUGGCUGUGGGCCUCUUGUACAUUUCAGCACGGCCUCUCUAGUAAACCUCUCGGGGCUGCAGCAGUGCUCACUCAGGCAUCCUGCUGUCCUGUGCAGUCAGCACACAGAGAUGUCCUGAAUCCAUGGAACUUUUUGCUCAAAUACCAUAUGUGUUUCACACUUUACUAAAACCUUCUUUCCAAAAGCUCCGUGGUUCUCUGACCACGUGCUAUGCCUUGCUGGUCUGAGCACUGCAAAAGCCAAGUCAGCUCUGCAGAGUCAGGGAAAUGGGGCAGUGCUAUCAGCCCACAUGUGCUGUUAGCCGAGCCAGAGGAGCGAGUGAGAGUGAGCAUUGUCCAUGUUGUCACCAGAGUGGACUCGAGCCACCUGAGCCCAGUUAUUCCAGGCAGUGUUCCCAGCAAUGACAGUUGUCCCUCAAGUCAGAGGGCAGCCCCUUUUCUGUCCUCAAGCAGACCUUGCCCAGAGAAGUGGCCAAGAAGAGCCCACAGCACAUCUCCACUCUCAGCUCUUCCCACAGUGGUCGGUCUCAGAAGCUGCUGCUGGGAGGAGGCUGGGGACGUGGGUACCACCAGGACUGGAGAGGAAGAAGCUGAGCGCAGCUGUUGCAUUCCUACCAUCAGAGCGACCAGGCCAGGGCCAGCAGACUCAACCAGCCUUGCUUGCUUCUGUCAAUCACACCACACACCGAAGAUAUCAAUUACACAGGGACCUACUGCCCCAGAGGACAGUUAGCCCCAGGUUACCCUAGCACACUAACUGGAAGGCCAGGUUUAUCAAGAAGCACUGUUCAUGCUCACAGAAGGUGUAUUUGGAGAGCAUCCUAAAGUUCAGCUCAUUGUAAAAAAAGUUCUGUCAAAACUGGAAAAUAGCAGUUCAGAUAGAGUCAUUUUGUUUCCUGGUUCAGACCUUCAGUCGCUUGUUCACUCAGCAGUCUCUGGGUUCCAUUUUUAUUUGUCUGGUGACUGACUGGCAGUGAGCAGGUCGUUUGUCAGCCGCUCACCCUCUCACAGUACCUGAGAUGUGUCCCCGUGACUUUGUUUGAGGCCUGUGAUUCAAAAAGCUGCACGUGUUUACAGGAAGCCUCACCCUCCACUCAAGCCCACUGCUCUGGGGAGUGGAGGUGUCACAGGUUUGUGACAGCAGCUUAGCAAUCUCAGGUGUACUAGGUGCUGUCUGGAAGCCCGAGAUGAUGUGUCAUCAGAGACAUCGGCAGUGAAACCAAGCUUUAUGCCAACACCCAAGACAAAGCUUUAGCGAGUGAAUAGACUCGCUGGAAGAGGGCCCAGUUAUGUUACCUCUCCAUCCUGCUGUGAGGAUCCUCCCCACUAACAGGAGGUGAAGGUUUAAGAGAGGGUUCAGCGUCCACUAAAAUUACUUGACCUCAAGAAACCAAUAGUAAUGCAAAAUGCUUAAAGGAACCAAAGGCAUCGCCAGGUAUUUGCCAAAAGCAGCCACUUUUUAUUUAAAAGUUGAGACUAGUGUGAUCUCAAGUCAGUCCCAAAAAGGUAUCCAUUUAAGGUUAGGUUAUAGUUCUCACAGAUGUAGAUAUUUCUUCCUUGUUUUCCUGUAAAAUAGUAUGGAGCUGUUUUGUUGGUUUAAGAGUAACAUACUUGGUAGUAGUGCAGAGUUGUUUUCUUCUGUGUCGAGGUUAAUUCUCUGUUGCUUGCAAUGGACAUGCAGGUGUUUCUCUUCUUUUCAUCUUCACAUAAUGUCUUAGCAUCUCACUUCCUGGAAAGAAAAGGGGAAAAACACCAGUGGGCAGCGCCAGUCUUAGGGAAGCACUAGUUUCAGGAAAUCAUGGCAAUCGGGGGUCCAUUCGUGUGUUGCCUUUAUGUUGUUUUUAAAAGAAAAACCAUGAUGCCUUUGUAUGUGCCGUUUGCACCCCGACUCGGUUCUGUACUGUGUCUGAAUGCCAUAUGUUUGCACAUGUACUGUACAUAGGCGAUGCAGACUGUAUUUUUAUAUGUAUGUGCAUUUAUCAUCAGAUCUUUUGUACAUAGUGGCAGUAUUGUAGCUGAUCGGGAAAUGUUUGAUAUCUCAGCAAUUUUGCAUUUUUGUGUCUCAAAUAAAAAAAUUUUGAUGAACCAUGA